AUGACGUCCCUCUCCCCCGCCGAGCAGAAAUCCCUCCUCUCUGCACUCCUCCACUUCGAAACCUAUCGCGAAUUCACAGGUCUCAAAGUCCCGGGUACCGUAUCCUCCUACGGGGCCCCAUUUACCCAAACACCCUCUUUACCAGCACAACCGCCUUCACCGGUGAUCAAGUUAUUGUGUGAUCGCUUCUUGUUCACGAGCACGUUACCCGGAAUCGGGUCCGCGCCCGAACAGUUCUGGAGUGAACUCGUGGAGGGUGUGUUGGAGGAUAUGGCGACACAGAAUCUGAGUGAUUCAUACGACAAAGGCGUCAUCGGAAAACGCAAGAUCCUGGGUAUGGCAUGUGUUGCGUUCAUGGAGACAGCCUCCCGCGGCGUGAUCGGGAAAGUCUCCGCAGACCCAGCUGCGCCAGCAGAGGCUGUCCAAGGCCGCAAUCUGAGUCCAGAGGCAGCACAGCAUGAGCAGGCCUGGGAGACGUAUAAACAGGCAAUGGUACACACGAAUCUCAUCCGCGACCUCCUCGAUGCUCUCUCCCUCUCCCCCACAAACGAACACUUCACACCCCUCCUCCUCGCCUCCGAAACGCACGUCCAGCUAACCUGCGCCUCUGUUCUGCAUUACCUCCUCGCCCACACCGGAACCGAAACGAUCUCGCUGUUUGAGAGAUUGGUGGGGAUGGUGCCGUGGUUCCUGCUGAGGCAAACGGUCAAGGUUGCGAAUGUGAGUACGAUGAUGAGUGGGUUGUUGAAGGUCUUGACAGGGAAGGGAUGGCUACAGAGUAGGAAUCUGAUGCAGAAAAUCAUCGGUACGAUCUUCGGACGGGAUCUGGAGAACGUGAAGAAGAAGACACAGGCGUUGGUGGAUGAAGGCGCCUGCGGGACCGUGGAACAGCAAAACGCCAUUGAUCACUACGUAUACGACACGUCACGCGAAGAACAGGCAGCGUUGAGGGAACAGAGCGAAACCACCAACACCUCCAUCGUCGUGACGAUUUGUACAGCGUCCGGGGUACCACAACCAGCGUCCGGGGAGGAACACGCCAAUUUAUUGCUCUAUCUCGCACAUACCUUGACAGCCCGCGACCGCGAACGCCUCAUCGAGAUUUUCUGCGAGAAGGAUACGCUCACCCACCUCAUCCGCGACGCAUUCCGGAUCUUCGAGCCCGUUAUCCGCGCGGGUCACCGCGCGCUGAAUCUCGCCGAUGGUCUCUCCGAUCUCGAACGCUUCCUCAAAGAUGCGGUGGAGACUGCGAAGGGUGCGGGGAGGGAGGAUUUGAGAUGUUGGGUUAGGGUUGUGAGGGAGCAUGAAAGUUCUUUUUUGAAGUUUGCGAAUCAGUUGUGUGUUAAUGCGCCGGAGAUGAGGGAGGAGUAUACACGCUGGUACGAACACUGUCUGUCCGCAUACCGGGCCCAGUCCUCCACCUCCAUCGACCUCUCAUCCCUCAUCGAACCCUCCGAACUCGACGCCGUACGCGCCGAAAUCGCAGAAUGGACAGCAUGGCAAUCCGCACUCCAAUCCCGCUCCGAUCAACGACUCUCGAAGCUCCUGGCGGGUGAGGCACCGGAUAUCGGGCCAGGGGUGUGGUUGGCGACGUUGAAGGCGAUGAGGGAGGAGGCGAGGGUUACGCCGGGGCCGCAUGCAAAAGAUCCGGAGGAGGGGUUGGUGGUGGGGCGAGAGUCGGCGGUGCCGGGGAUGAGGGUUGUGAGGGAGAGGGUGGUGGGGAGGUUUAGGGAGGCGCUUGAAAGGGGCGGGGGUGGGGUUUAG